CUUGUCUUCAUUGGCUGCUGUUCUAUGGAGCCCUUCGAUACUGUGUGGGAUUGAUUGUUCAAUCUGAACUACUUCAGUUACAACACAAUUUGACGGGCUACACCGGCUCCGUGAUCCUCGAUGCCCCUGGCCAGGCGCUCUCACCGGAAAGUCAGAACCGGCUGUUCAAACUGCAAGAGGCGUAGAAUCAAAUGCGAUGAGACCAAGCCAUCGUGCAUCAAGUGCCUCCAGCACAGGAUCUCAUGCACUUAUCAUCCGGUGAAGGUAUCAGGUCGGAAUCGAACAAGCAAUGUUGCUGAAAGCUCGCCGGACUGUUCGCAACCUGGUGACCAUGAGGCUGAUACUGCCGCUUCGCUUUCUCGAUCCAAAUGCCUUAUCAAGAAACCUCAUUGGUCAAACGGCAGCGGUGUCAAUACUAUUGAGAUCAUCCACCACUACACAUACUCAACAUACAAGACACUUGCUGUAAAAGACGAGGUACAACGUCUGUGGCAAGUGAUCAUUCCCGAGAUAGCUUUCCAUAAUGGUUUCCUGCUCCGGGUGAUCUGCGCCAUUUCUGCCCUACACAUGUGGCGCGAGAAGCUCCGUGAAACACGUUACUUGACUUAUGCCCAUGAACAGUAUGCUGCAGCUGUUGAAGAAUCAGCUACAGCUCUGACGCGGAUCUCCAAAUCCAACUGCUCUGCGCUGUAUGCCUUUUCUGCGCUUGCUUUUAUUUUCGAGCUAGGCACAUCUUACAACCGUCCCAGUGUUCUGUACAAUCAGGACGGCACUCUGGCGCACUGGAUAGUCCAUAUUCGCGGUGUCCGGGCAAUUAUUGCAUGCUUUUGGCAUGAUCUGUCUUCGGGAGCACUGCGGCUCCUCCUCCAGCGGCAAGAUCACGUUGACGGACCUCGCGGUCUCGCGGCCAGCCUGAACGCCCUAGCCGACCAAAUACGGCGGAGCACAGUAACCAUGAACAGUGUCCAUACCCUACUACAAGCGGUGAGUAAGUUACUCAGCUGGUCUAAAAUGGGUGAAUCGGCGUUCUUCGGUUGGCUGUCACAUUGUGACAACGAAUUUGCGACUUUAUUGGGUGGCCGGGAUCCAUUUGCUCUUGUUAUCUUCGCCCAUGCAUGCGUCCUGCUGAAGUCAAGUCAGCCAGCAUAUUGGAUUGGGACAUGGCCGGAGAAGAUGAUACAGGAAAUAUAUGGUUCGCUGGACUCAUCUUGGCGAAGCUGUUUACAUUGGCCAAUGGAUGGAUUGGGACUGUGCACGGAUGGGCAGGACUGAAACGCGACUCUCUCUCAAAUACUUCUCUCUUAUGUCAGACCACAGAUAUAUGGAACUGUACUGGGUAGAUAUAUCUG